CCCGGAACUUUAAAGUGACCUAAUCUCUGCUGGAAACUCGAAACAAGGACUUUUUUCCUGCUGCUGCUGAACUCCUCCUCAGAGUCCGGGAGGAAAAACUCACUUCUCCCUCCUGAGCUUCUUCCUCCUGGAGGUGGAUCCAGGUUCCCAUGCUCCAGGCUCCGGCUCCUGCAGGACAGUAGCCUCGACUCGGCUCCUCUCACCAGCAGUUUACAGAGUGGUGGAAUCACAAGGUGCCAAGAUGCCACAGCAGAAGGACAUAGUGAAGAUUGCCAUCCAGAUGCCUGGGGCCUAUCCCCAGCUUAUACAACUGGAUCAGAAAAAGCCUCUGUCGGCUGUAAUAAAGGAAGUGUGUGAUGGCUGGAAUCUCCCAGGUCCUGACAACUACGCCCUGCAGUAUGCUGACGGAGUGCAAAUGUACAUCACUGAAUCAAAUCGUCUGGACAUAAAGAACGGCUGCAUCCUGCGUCUGACCAAGGGCCCGGGUCGCUGUGCGGAGGACUUGUUCAAGGGCAUCCAGAGCUCGGACUCGGGCGUGCGCUGCGACUCGCUGAAGGAGCUGGCCAACGUCUCCACAGACGUGACCUUCGCUCAGGAGUUCAUCAGCAGAGACGGACACCUCCUACUGGUCAAGAUAGUGGAGGAUGCUAAGGAGAGUAAUGUGAUCAUGACGCACACACUGACAGGCUUCAUGGAGCUGAUGGAUCACGGGAUAGUUUCCUGGGAGAACCUCUCAACCAUCUUCAUCAAGAAGAUCGCCAGCUUUGUCAACGCUAAGGCGGCAGACGCGUCGAUGCAGCAGGUGUCCCUGGACAUCCUGGAGAGCAUGGUGCUGAGCAGUCACGGCCUCUUCCUGCAGGUCAAACAGGAAGUCACCAUGGAGAGGCUGGUCGCUCAUCUCCAGGUGACCAACCAGCAGAUCCAGACCAAAGCCAUGGCGCUGCUCAUGGCGCUGCUGCAGACGGCCGGGGACUCGGACAGACAGGAUAUGUUUGCAUUCCUGAAUAAGAAGAAUCUGCGUCAGUACAUUUAUAAGAACAUCAUCCAUAGUUCUGCUUCAGUCCAGGACGAGAUGGCCCACUACCUCUACGUCCUGCAGUCGGUCACGUUGAAUCACCUGGAGCCGCGCAUGAGGACGCCUCUGGACAGCUACAGUCAGGAUCAGAGAGAAGUCCUCCACGCUUUGCGUCAGGCGGCGUUUGAGACGGAGACUGAAAACAGUCUGAGCAACGAGAGGCGCCGCUCGCUCUGUGCUAAAGAGUUCAAGAAACUGGGAUUCUCUAACAACAGUAACCCUGGUCAAGACUUGGUGCGGACGCCUCCUGGUCUCGUAGCUUUGGACACCAUGUCUUAUUUUUCUUCACGCUAUCCUGAUGCCUACAGCAGGUUUGUUCUGGAGAACAGCAGCAGAGAGGACAAACACGAGUGUCCGUUUGCCAGGAGCAGCAUUCAGCUCACGCUCAUCCUGUGUGAGAUUCUUCGUAUCGGAGAGCCACCCUCAGAGACGGGAUCUGACUACCACCCCAUCUUCUUCAGUCAGGACCGACUCGUGGAGGAGCUCUUCUGCGUCUGUAUCCAGCUGCUCAACAAGACCUGGAAGGAGAUGAGAGCCACACAGGAGGACUUUGACAAGGUGAUGCAGGUGGUGAGGGAGCAGAUCACCAGGACCUUGUCCAGUAAGCCCACGUCUCUGGAGCUCUUCAAGAACAAAGUCAACGCCCUCAACUACGGCGAGAUCCUCAAACUGCGGCAGACGGAGCGGCUGCACCAGGAGGAGACGCUAGCGCCCCCUGUGCUGGAGCUGAAAGAGCGUCUGAAGCCGGAGCUGCUCGAGCUGAUCCGUCAGCAGAGACUCAACCGACUGUGUCAGGGAACCAAGUUCAGAAAGAUCAGCAGCCGCCGCCGACAGGAUAAACUGUGGUACUGCCGCUUGUCACCCAAUCACAAAAUACUUCACUACGGUGACUUGGAGGACGACACGGACAAUCCUCCGAUAGAAACACUGCAGGAGAAGAUUCCAGUAGCAGAUAUCAAGGGGCUGCUGACGGGAAAAGACUGUCCUCACAUGAAGGAGCACAAAGGCAAACAGAACAAGGAGGUGCUGGACCUGGCCUUCAGCCUCACAUAUGUAGAAGAGUACAGUCUGAACUUCAUCGCACCCUCCAGGACUGACUUCUGCCUGUGGACGGACGGCCUGAGCGUCCUCCUGGGCCGGGACAUGAGCAGCGAAUCCAUGCGCAGCGAGCUGGACAUCCUCCUCUCUAUGGAGAUUAAGCUCCGCCUCCUGGACCUGGAGAACGUCCCCAUCCCGGACAGCGCGCCGGUCGUCCCCAAACCUCCGAGCAACUUCAACUUCUGCUACGACUUCAGCCAGACCGAGCAGUAGAGUGUGUGCACAGGCUGGAUGUGUGAAUGUGUAAAUAUAUAUAUAAAUAUAUGUGUGUGUGUGUGUGUGUGUUUGUAUGUUGUGAGAUUUUACCAGUGCGUCCGUGCACUUAUUAACAGAUUUAUAAUCCUGACAGUAGAAGUUUCCUCUGUGACCUGUUUUUAUACAAUGAAUUCAAGGAAACUCUUAAAACUACAGCAGAGGGUUGUUGGUACGAAUCUUCACCAUCAGCUGCUCUGAUGCUGCAGAUCAUCGCUUCUCAUCUGGGGAAGUUUGACCUUUUUUCUGACUUCCAUCUCUUGAAGUUCAGGUGCCUGGGAACUUCCAGAAACAACAGAGACUCCAGCUGCUCGCACACCUGCACUGAAGUCUGCACAUGCUCCUCCAGGCUUCCGCAGGGCCUGUUUGUUAAAAGGCAAAUGUCCGAGUCGGUCGCUCCGGACACUUUACAAAACCUGUCCUUCCAGCUCCCUGGUAGAAUGUCCGUGUGAACCCAUGUGAGAAUACAGAGAGAAAAUGUCCGGAAAGUUCAAAGUGAGUUUCUAAUAAGUGACGGACGGGUUUCCAGAUGAAAACAAGGCGUCAUAGAGAACCUUCAUGAAGUUGUCCAAUUGGAAGGAAAAUGAGAUUACAGAGCUUUUGGCUGAGGCCACUGAGGAUGAGUUUCCUGAAGUAGUAAACUCGUCUGACCCGGACAAUCUCCUGCUGCCUUCAGAGUUCAUGUCUGACAACAGCUUUUGAAAAAAGAGAUUCACGAUGUUUGCUCCAGUAAUGGUACUUUUUAAAUUAAAUUUUUCAAAUCAGUUUUGUAUUUCUAAACACAUCAAAAGCUCUGCAUGGUACUUACAGUGUCGCUGUGUGCAAGGCUGCUCGUCACUGCUCGAGGAUGUAGACGUUUUCUAUCUGGUUGUGCACAUUUCUUUUAAAUUCCUUUCUGCUGUUUCAGGUUUUUUUUUGACUGGGCAUUAACUAGAACACUGAUUUGUACAACACUUAUUUUAAAUCAGUGCAGAUUCUCAUCAGGUACCAAGCUGCCUUCUUCCCCCUCUUUCUUAUCAAGAGCAUCACUAAGCAUUGGAAAUUAGAAAACAUCCUGAUCUUUAGAUUUGUCAUGAAUUAAAUCUAAAACCUGGUCAUGUUAUAAAAAGGUACUUGUUCAAUCACCUCAAGCUUUCAGUAGCUGCUCAACAACUGACAGUUCUUCAGUAUAUCACAGUAAGUUUGAGUGUUUUCUGCCAUUUUGUGGCAUCAGUU